UCUCCUUCCUCAUCCACUGCGUUCCCUACAUAGUCAUUGCCCCUCCAUUGAUUAAGUCACUCGCUACCUCAAAACUACACACCACCGCGUUCUCUGACCACCACUCCAACCACCGACAGACGACUCCUCACCACUCUGUGCGGACUCUAAGCCUCUGUACAUCAUCACUCGUCCAAUCUUCCUCGCUGGUUGACUUCUGGGAUGUCCUCCUCGACUUCGCAAGUCGACAUCACAGUCGUCGCUACUCCGUCGACUGCAUCUGCCGACCAAUCGUUGAGCAAUCAGGCAGACAAUAAAUCCACCACCACGUCUCCUGCUAUUGAAGACAGCACCCCGGCCGACACUUCCCUUCCCCUCAUCGAGUGCUCUCCCGGUGAGCAUCCCCCUUCAUCAAUGUCAUCCUCCACUCCUUAUUCAGUUAAAUCCACUUCGUCGAUGAAGAUUGUCGACGACCCAUUCCACACGCCUGGAAACACCGAGUCCUCGGGUGACGUCUCCUUCACUACCCCUUCCACCGGCCCCGACUCUACGUCGUCCACCUCUCUGGAGAUCUUCCUCGGGCCCCAGCCCCUUUCAUACAUCCACCAUCGCCGCCGCCUGCUCGCCGCUGAGAUGGAGUCUUCCCCCAGCCGCCAGAAGCCCGGUGACCUUGGCUCUCUCCCACUUACCGGCCACUCAAAGGUUCCCGCCGCCGUUACCCACGCCGAGGACAGCGAGGAUACCCUGCGCCCUCUCUCGACCCAUCCCACUGCCCAGACGACCGAGGACACUAGUCAUCUCUCCCAAUGGCGUCAAGAGCAGCUCAAGAAGGCCAAGCCCAUUCGUCCGGUGGCUGGAGCCCGCGAGCGCCCUAUCCCGCUCCUUCAUGGCCCUCUUUCACUUCCUUAUGCAAGGAACCCGAGCGGCGUCGAUGCAACCGUGUCCGACCAAAACACCUACAUGGCCAACAUCUUCGGUGUCCGCGCAGUCGAGUCCACGGACGACAAGCCGGAGAAGAAAGUGUCGAAGCAACCUCGUGAAUCCAACACUCAGGGCUCGCGUAACGUGUCAUCGUCCAGCUACUAUUCUGUCUCAUCUGGCGUGAUGAGCGACAGCAGUGCCGCAACGGGAAGCUCGAGGCGCCCUCUCAUUAUCCGCGACUACCACCAAAUCAUUGGUAUCAAGAAGGAAGGCGCCCCCCGCUUGGUGGCGCCAGUCAGUGGCGGCGAAUUUCCGUCGUCCUUUCAGCAUGAAGCCCACCACCAGGUGAUGCAGCACGUCGAUCUCCGCUCCCACCUCGGCGUCGGCUACCCCUAUGCCCAUGACUACAUCCAGCAGACUGCCCCGGUUAUGCCUUCCCCCGACUACGCCAUCCACUCGGCGAGCGGGGCCAUGUGGCCCCUUCCUACAGAGGGUCUGGGCGUUCCUGGCUUCCCCUACUCUCCUCUCCAGCUGGUUGACCCGAACACCAAGACUGUGUACAGCUUUCAGAUUCCAGGCAACAUUGCCACUGAGGCCAAGACUGCUUACCACCACCCGCAACUCUUCCCGAGCAAGGCCGAAACGAGCAUCAACUGGCGCAACAAGGUUCCGAACAAUACGCCCGUCAAGUACCCUGUCAGCCCCGUGCAGUCCAAGCCUACCAAGCCGUCUGCCACGGCCUCGCCCAUGCCUUCGGGUGGCAACCUGGCCGAGGUUCUCACCGUGGAUCAUCUCUACAAGCGCUUUGGUCAGCAUGCUCUCAGGCCCCUCAACGAGAACAUCUCGCACCUGCCUCCCAAGCCGUACAUGGCCGACAAGGCCCCAGAACACGAAGCUUACGUCGAGCCCACCAAGCCGACCGAAUCUCCAGUGAAGACACUCCCCGACGCCAGCCGCAAGGUCAGCGUCCAAGAGGAGACGCCAGUCAAGACGUCCUCCAGGCGCAAGGGACGCGGAUUGGGCUCCUCUCGCAACUCUAUCAACAACGGUCGCGCCAAGGGUACCCCUGGCGCUGGCAAGUUCCUCAAGCACAGCGUGACUGAUGACGAGGGAUCGCCUUCCAAGGCUACCCCGUCGGACACGCUUUCCGCCACAUCCUCCCCAAAGCGUGGCGGUUCUGCUCGCCCCCACGCCGGUCGCCGCCACCCUGUGGCCGCCUGAGCAUCCUGUCCAGGGCGCUCGUCUGCAAUUCUCCAAGCACGAUGCUCGACAAACCAUUUUCAGUUCUACUGUAUAUACUAAUUAUCGGUCCGGCAAGUCCUCAUAACGACAACAUCAUUGACGUCACGACGUCCCCGCAAUGCGCACACCCAACAAGUACGACGAUCCUAC